ACACUUUCUUGGGUUCUCAGUUUGAGCAAGGUAAAAACGACGUCGUUAGCGUAGAUGAUACUCUAGUUAUACAGAAGAGUAGAAACCGUUCUCACUAGGAGUUGGAGAAGGUGGAACCAGUUGUGGUUUUCUCCUCCGUCGUCGUCGUCGAAUCAAGGGUUCAGGGAUAGCGAAUUUUGAGAGUGAUGGAUUUGUCGACGGUGACGGCGGCGUUGGCAUCGAAAUCGUACGACAAGGUUGCUGAUAUCUGCGAUAAUCUCAUGCUUCAGGUUGCAACAGAUGGCAUUGGUUACCAUGACGACUGGCCCUACGCCAUUCAUCUUCUCUCUCACUUUUAUGUGAAUGACAUCAAUAGCGCUCGUUUUCUUUGGAAAUCAAUACCUUCCUCAAUCAAAGAAAACAAGCCUGAAGUCACUGCUGUGUGGAGGAUUGGCCAGAAGCUUUGGUUGCGUGACUAUGCUGGAGUGCAUGAGGCAAUUCGCGGCUUUGACUGGAGCCAGGAACUCCAAGGAUUUGUUGCUGCUUUCUCAGAACUUUACACAAAGGAGAUGUUUCAGCUGCUCCUCUCUGCCUAUUCUACAAUAAGCAUUGCAGAUGCUGCUUUAUUUUUGGGAAUGAAUGAGGAUGAUGCUACAAGUUAUGUACAACAGCAAGGUUGGACUGUGGACUCUGCGUCCCGGAUGCUUACGGUGAAGAAGCAACCUGUCGUGACAGAGCAGAAACUAGAUCCUAGUAAAUUGCAGCGAUUGACAGAAUAUGUCUUCCAUCUCGAGCAUUGAAGCUUUCAAUCUUGUGAAGGAAUUGAACGAUUUAUUUUCUGAAGUCUUCCUUUUGAGUCUGAUAAAUCUUACUUUUUAUGUUCUUCAAAGUGCAUGGAAGUGUGUACAUUCUGUUUCAUAAUUUUGGAUUAUGUGAAAUUCGCCUAAUUAGCUCAUAGCCUCAGUAGUUACUGAACAUGCCACUCUCUUGUAAUAGUGGAACAGAUAACUUUUAUAUUUGCUUAUUAUACCUGCUUUUGAGAAAUAAGUGUCUGUAUAUUCUGAUUUGUGCUGAA